GACAUUUAAUUUAAUAACACCGCGCUAUAGCUACAUACAACAAGGUGUAGAAUCUAGAAAGAAAUAUCAGCAGGCAAACUGGGGAAAAAUGUUUCUAGAAUAAAGUGGAAUUCAGGCUGUUUAGGUUAUUGUGUGUAAAAGGACUAUUUAUUAGUUGGAUUAUUACAAUUAAACAGAUUAAAAUGUCUAAUGUGUUUGGUUUAAUUGUAUCGGGUCGUCUCGUGCAGACAGACUUUGCAACGUUGUCAGAUACUCAGUUCCUCAUUACCAUCACUGAGGCGGACAAUAUAAACCAUGCGGUGGUGUUCUUAACGGGAGUCGCGCCGCUGCCGGUCGGCACGGUGGGCAUGGUGUACUGGAGCUGGCCGGAUCCCGCGGCUCCUCCCAACUGGCAGCUUCUCGGUCAUAUAUCUAAUACGAAACCUUCUGCCAUUUUCAAAAUAGGAACUUUAAAGAAGCUACAUGAACUAUCUAGGUUUACAGGUGACAAUAAAUUCAUAAGUGCUUUUGGGCAACAGCAGAUUUGUCAUAAUGCACAGAUUGGUAUAUCUAUUGAGCCUGAAUCUAAUGUUCAACUGGUGGCUUCUUCCAUUGCCCAGCAACAGAAUAAUUACAUAACGUUUGCCCAGAAGAUGUUAGAGAAUCUAGUGAACUUUGUGGCGUCAUUCUCUGUGACACAGGAGCAGAUGACAGCCACACCAGGAGUGUCGUACAUACCACUCAACACUCUGCACACGUGGUACCAGAACUUUGAGCGGAGACUACAACAAAACCCCAACUUCUGGAAAAACUAGUACUAAUGUCUGCUAACCAGGGGGCUUAGUGCCAACAUGCAUGUUAAAUGUUGACUUAAUUGUGUAGUAUUUACUUUUAGUAAUGUUAAUUUAAUUCAUCAUCCUCCGAGCCUUUUUCCCAACUUUGUUGGGGUUGAUUUCCAGUCUAACCGGAUUCAGCUGAGUACCAAUGCUUUACAAUGUUUAUUUAAUUGAAGCUGCCAUUCGUGUAUGCUUGUCUUGUCAGUGCUGCCAAAACUGCUUUGAAAGGAAAUAUUCGAAUCAUGUGAGCUAACAUCCGUCUCUUAAAUUAAGCCAAGUCGUUAUCAUAAUUUUGAGAACAUUUCUCUUGUAAAACGCACACUAGGCCCUAAGGAAUUCAAUGCAAUGUCUAGAAUUAUGUUCAGGUUUUUAACUGAAUGUAAACAAUUUGAACCAUCUUCAAUUUCUGUGUGACUUUAGUACACCAGUCAGUGUAGUGAUGACUGGUAACAUAUUAUUAUAACCAUAUUAAAAUAUGGAAUUUUAGGUUAUGUAUAAUUUGUAAUUCAUAGGUGAUGUGAAAAAUACAAGUAAUGCCCCACAUUGGACUUAAAAGUAAGCUUCGAAUAAAACUGCACUUCAUUUAAAAUAGUUACUAAGAGCAAUACUAUGUAUGUCUAUUCUUCCACACCACAGGUGAAGAACAAGGCACUUUUUUUGUGGUGUUUCAGGAGGCCUAUUUCAACCAUAUUUGGCCUUAUACAAUGAAUGCAACAGUUUCAUUAUUACCUAUAAUACACUUUCUUAGGGAAUA